CUCCUAAAAUCAUCAAGGAGCGGGGGGAAUUUUUUUUGAGAAAACCCUAGCGAAACCUCCUAUUUUUAGCGAGAUCUCGGCAAUGGUGGUCGGAACCCUAAGCGGGCUCCAAGAUCACCUGAAGCUUGGCAGGGAGUACGCCAUGGAGGGGCUCUAUGACACCUCCAUCAUCUUCUUCGAUGGCGCCAUUUCUCAGAUCAACAAGCAUCUGAGCACACUAGAUGAUGCGAUAGUUCGUUCAAAAUGGAUGAACUGCAAAAAAGCCAUUUCUGAGGAAGUAGAAAUAGUGAAACAGUUGGAUGCUGAAAUAAGGGCAUUUAAGAAUGCUCCAGGGAGCAGGCGUCCAUCGUCACCCCCAAUUCAAACAAAAUCCUCCUUUGUUUUCCAACCAUUGGAUGAAUAUCCAACUUCAUCUGGUGGGCCCCCAGAUGAUCCCGAUGUUUGGAGGCUACCAAGCCGAGAUCAGAGCAGAAGAUCCACUAGAGCUGGCCAAACGAGUGCAAGAAAGUCCUCUCAAGAUGCGACUUGGGCUCGUGGCUCUAGAUCUGGUGCAGCUGGCCGUGGGGGAAAAUCUAGUGCAAGCAAAGGAAGCUCAAGUGUCUGAUCAUCAACUGCUUCUUCCAUUGGAGCGAAGAAAGGGAAAUCAAAUUCUAACAAGACAGAUCCUCAGAAUGGUGACACUGAUGAUGGGAAACAAACUAAGGGGCAGUACGAAGGACCUGAUGCGGAUCUGGCUGCAAUGCUGGAGAGAGAUGUAUUGGAGACCAGUCCUGGUGUCAGGUGGGAUGAUGUUGCAGGACUCAACGAAGCUAAACGACUUCUAGAAGAAGCUAUGGUUCUUCCUCUAUGGAUGCCUGAGUAUUUUCAGGGAGUUCGUCGACCUUGGAAAGGUGUUCUUAUGUUUGGUCCACCAGGUACUGAAAAGACACUUCUGGCUAAGGCUGUGGCUACCGAAUGCGGAACGACAUUCUUCAAUGUUUCUUCAGCUACUUUGGCUUCAAAAUGGCGUGGGGAGAGUGAACGCAUGGUUCGAUGUCUGUUUGAUCUUGCAAGAGCUUAUGCUCCAAGUACCAUUUUUAUUGAUGAAAUUGAUUCUGUCUGCAAUGCUCGAGGGGCUUCAGGAGAACAUGAGUCAUCAAGAAGGGUGAAGUCUGAGCUUCUAGUACAGGUAGAUGGCGUGAACAACAGCUCUACUGGUGAUGAUGGUGCAAAAAAAAUAGUUAUGGUACUGGCAGCCACUAACUUCCCAUGGGAUAUUGAUGAGGCACUCAGGAGAAGGCUGGAAAAGAGAAUAUAUAUACCUCUUCCCAAUUUAGAGAGUCGUAAGGAGCUUAUCAAGAUCAACUUAAGAACUGUGGAGGUUGCCGCAGAUGUAAAUAUCGAUGAUGUGGCUCGUAGAACCGAGGGUUAUAGUGGAGAUGACCUUACAAAUGUCUGUCGUGACGCUUCAUUGAAUGGCAUGAGACGAAAGAUUGCAGGGAAGACACGAGAUGAGAUCAAGAACAUGCCGAAGGAUGAGAUCUCAAAUGAUCCUGUCACCAUGUGCGACUUUGAGGAAGCUCUGAAAAAAGUCCAGAGAAGUGUUUCUGCUACUGAUAUCCAACGCCAUGAGAAGUGGUUUCAUGAGUUUGGCUCAGCUUAAAAAGCUUGCAAUCCCUACUGCAAGGUUUGUAAUUAUCCUUGAUAAAAUAUGUGUAUUUGGAUGCCAUUUCCUGUAUUGUUCAAGAGUUGUCUUUUAAGGUAGUUUGCUCUGUGUAAUGUAAACUUGUUUCCAUCAACGAGAACUUGGUUGUAGUCUAAAAGAGACUAGAGAGAUUUUUACUCUGAGCAGCUUCAUAUAAUUUCAAAAUAUAUCAGUAUGCAUUAUUAAUACA